AAAACCCUAACCCUAGCAGGCCGCGCCUCUCCCCCAAGCUUGGCCGUCCCGUCUCUUCUCGGGCAUAAACCUCAGCCGACGGCGGCUAGGACGCGGAGACCCACCAACCAAGCUAUCUGAUGGCCGGAAAGAAGCGGCCCCCGACGGCGCUGGCGGAGCUCGGCCCCGCCGCGUCGGACUCCUCGCAGGACGAGGCCGCGGCGAGGGCGGCGUGCCCGGCGGGGGAGGUGCCGGCGAAGAAGAAGAAGAAGCUGGCCAUGGAGGUCAGGAAGCAGCGCAAGCAGCUCGACAAGGACCGCCACCGCCAGUCCGCGGAGAAGGCCGCCGCCGCCCCCAAGCCGCAGCCCGCGCCCGCGGCCGCGGCGGACGAGGAGGUCAUGCCGGUGGUGCCGGUCUCGGUGCCAGCGCCCGCGCCCGCUCCGGUGGUGGCGGGGCCGGGGCUCCACAUGAAUGUCUUCAAGGACCUGGCGUCGCCCGAGGCCUCGCUGAGGGAGGCCGCGGCCGAGGCGCUUGUGGCCGAGCUCCGGGACGUGCAGAGGGCGUACGAGAAGGAGAAGGCCGCGCGGGAGGAGGGGGAGGAGGAAGAGGCGGGGGAGCGCGACGGCCCUUCGCAGAUGGAGGCCGAGAAGGAGGAUGGGCUGGAUAACUGCGCUCCCGCCGUGCGGUAUGCCAUCCGGCGGCUCAUCCGCGGCAUCUCUUCCUCUAGAGAGUUUGCAAGGCAAGGAUUCGCGUUGGGUCUCGCGGCUGUGCUCCAAUCAAUUAAAGCCGUCAGCGUCGAAGCUGUUAUGAAGUUGAUACCUACUUUGCUGGAAUAUUCAGCCUCCAUGAAAGGACCGGAAGCUAAGGACAAUCUUUUGGGGCGCCUGUUUGGAUUUGGAUCACUUGCAAGGUCUGGAAGGGUUUUAGGACAGUGGAAACGUGAUAAAUCUUCUCCUAUUCUCAGGGAUUUUGUUACAGAGGUUGUGCAACUUGGAAAUAAGAAACGAUAUCUCACCGAGCCUGCGGUUGCAUUGAUUCUGGAUUUAACCAGGAAGCUGCCAGAUGAAGCUAUAUUCUCUGAGGUUCUAGAUACCCCUUGUGUACAAGAUUGGUUCAACAGAGCUGCUAAUGUUGGAGAUCCAGAUGCGCUCUUCCUGGCUUUGAAGUUCCAAGAAAGAACUAAUGUUCAGAGGGAGAUAUUUGGGAAGCUUCUGCCAUAUCCAUUCAGUCUUGACAAUUUUUUCACAGAAGAGCAUCUUCUAUCCCUUGCUGCUUGUUUUAAGGAAUCUGCAUUUUGUCUUCCACGCAUUCAUAGUAUAUGGCAUGUUAUCACGGACAUGCUCAUCCGUGAGGAAGCUUCUCAGAGUGAUAACAAUACGAGUUCUAGCAAAAAGCACAAAAAGAGUAAGAAAGGCAGUUCCUCCGAGGAUUCAAAAAAGAACCUACGCAAUUUCUGUGAGGUUAUUAUUGAAAGAUCAUUGCUGCUCUCAUCUCACGACCGGAAGCAUCUUGCAUUUAAUAUAAUUAUUGAUCUCCUACCAAGACUAUCUCCAUCAUCUAUUCAAGUAAUUCUGUCCAGCAAAGUUGUUCUUGGAUUGAUGGACAUUCUGUCUAAUGCUUCAUCGUGGUUGUACAAUGCCGGUCAACAUUUUCUGAAAGAAUUAGUCAGUUUAGUAAGCAAUGACAAUGAUCGUUGUGUUGCUGUUAUCAUCAACUUGCAGAAGUAUAGCUUUGGAAGAUUUGACAGCCUGACAAAAACAAAAACUGUUAAAGGGUUGAUCGCCAAGAUCCAGAAUGGUCAAGAUUGUUUGCAUCUUGUGCAAAAUUUGAUGGCACUCUUUGUGGAUGAAGGUUCUGUUGCAGAUGAACCAUCUGAUCAAAGUCAGACAACUGAUGAGAAUUCAGAGGUUGGCUCAAUUGAAGAUAAGGAACUUGUUGGCGAAGGGAACGCUGACCUUCUGAAGAGUUGGGUGGUGAAUACAAUUCCAUUUGUCUUGAAAAAUCUAAAGCUUACAUCUAAAGGAAGUUCGCUGACAGAUUCUGAGAUGAUCAAGUGUAUUGAAGAAAAAUUUCAGGUGCAGACUGAGAUACUAAAAUUCUUUGCAGUCCAAGGUCUGUUCUCAGCCUCUUUAGGAACUGAGGUGACGUCAUUUGAGUUGCAAGAGAAGUUCAAAUGGCCAAAGGCAGCUAUAUCAACAUCGCUUCGUAAUGAAUGCAUUGAACAACUUCAGUUAUUACUAGAAGAUGCACAAAAGGACGAGGCUUUGCAUGUUAGCGGGGUUAAGUCUAAUGACUUAGGCUUCUACUUCAUGCGUUUCAUUAACACUGUGUGCAAUAUUCCUUCAGUUUCACUGUUCAGAACCUUGAGCAGUAAUGAUGAUAAUGCAUUCAAGAAAACACUGGCUACGGAAUCUGCACUUUUCCAGGAGGAAAGAAAAAUUGGCACUGGAUUGGAUUCAACUAAAAUGCAUGUGAUACGUUAUCUCCUUAUUCAGUUACUGCUGCAAGUUCUGCUCCAUCCGGAGGAGUUCUGGGAGGCUGCAAUUGAUGUGAUUAUAUGUUGCAAGAAAACAUUUCCUUCCAUUGCUCAGUGUGACAAUUCCAGUGCGCUGGAAUCUGUUGAGGGUGGUACAGAGGAGUCUGAUGAGGAUGGGUCAGAGGAGCCUAAUGAGGAUGGGUCAUUAGAGUCUAUUGAUGUACUUGUGCAGACUUUUCUCUCUGUUUUGCCUCAUGUAUCUGGCCCUGUGUGUUUUGCCAUUGAACAGGUUUUCCGUGUGUUCAGUGACGAGAUUACAGAAACAGGGCUUCUUGAUAUGCUGAGAGUUGUAAAGAUAGAUUUGAAAGGCUCUCGUCGUCAAACAGAUAGCGACGAUGACGAAGAUGAGGCUCGUGUUGAUAUCGAAGAUGAUGAUGGAAUGGAAGAUGCGGAUGUUGGGAAUGUUGAUGAUGCCACAGAUGAAAUGGAAGAUGAUUCAGCUGACGAAGUAGACGAGGAUCAGGAUGAUUUGGAAGAGACAGUCGACAAUAAGGCAACAGAUGGAGAUGAUGCAGAAGCUACCAAAGGUGGGGAAGAUUCAGAUGAUUCAGAUGGUAUGGACGACGAUGCUAUGUUCCGUAUUGAUCCUUAUAUUGCGAGGAUUUUCAAGGAGCGCAACAACCUUCCUGGUAGUGAAACUCAGCAAUCUCAACUUAUGCGAUUUAAGCUUCGUGUGCUUACUUUACUGGAGAUAUAUCUUCAGAGGAAUCCAGGAAAAAAACUGGUGCUGGAGGUAUAUGCUUUCUUAAUGCAAGCUUUUGUGAAAUCACAUAGCGCCGAUGGCAAUGAGCAGUUCAGGCAACGUAUUGGUGGUAUAUUGCAGAAAAGGAUAUUCAAAGCAAAAGAAUGUCCAAAAGGCUUUGAUGUUGAACUCAGUAGACUUGAAAGUUUGCUGCAGAAGGCUCUGCAUCUGGCAUCACGGUCACGAUACAAACCAGUUGCUUCUGCGGCCCAAAAUGCCACGUUUUGGAUUCUAAAGAUUAUCAAUUCCAAGGGUUGUUCCAAGCAGGAACUUGCAAGUGUGGUCGAUAAGUUCCAGUACAUGCUGAAUGACUACUUCAGCAACAAGAAAUCACGGCUGAAGAUUGGUUUUGUGAAGGAGGCUGUCCGCAGGAACCCCUGGGUAGGACGGGAGCUUUUCGGCUUUGCUCUACAGAAGAUCGGCAGCACGAAGGCUGAAUACCGAAGGGUUCAAACUUUGGAGCUGGUGGACUCCAUAUUGAAAUCCUGGGUCGGCGACGACGUCUCGAGCGCAUCAAAGGUUUUGAAGAAGCAUAUGGCUCUGCUGUGCGAGCUGAUGCAGGAAAUCCUCACAAAGAUGCCCGAAAACAAGUCGCGUCGCCAGGAGGUCCGUAGAUUCUGCACGCGGGCUCUGCAAACCGUGACGAGGCUCAAUCUGAAAGAGAAGUUUCAGAAGAAGCUAAGCUCGGAAGCGUACACCCUGUGUGAGGCACAGCUGGGAGCUGCAUUUGUUCCCUUCCGACAGUGAUGCGUGUUAAUCCAUUUCGGAAGACGGUGAAAGGCACCAGAAAUGACUUUGGGCUGAAUUAAUUUUGCUUGUAAUAUCAGCUCCUUAGGUUCGAUUAAAUUAAACUCUGUUUUUCUUUCGUGACGAUACCUGAAACAGACAAGCUAGCUGUCAGCAAUAUUGAACAGUAUGAGGAUGUA